GCUGGUGACUGCUGGGAGGGGGAGUGACGUCACCCCAGGAAGCCGUUAGUUUUCCUGUUGAGGUCUGCCUGCUGGGAACUCGCGCCGGGAGCUAAAAAAAAAAGUUGUCCCGUUGAGGAAAACCGGCUUUUUUCGUUUCUUUAACUACUUUUGUGGCGUUAUCAGCUGGUUUUGGUCAAUAAUAUUCCAGUCUGACGAUGGCGUUUGUCCCGGGACAACCUGUGACUGCUGUUGUGGAAAGAAUCGAGAUCCAGAAGUUGUUUCAAGGAGAGAACCUGAUUCUGGGCUUCAGCAUCGGUGGAGGAAUAGACCAGGAUCCAGGACAGAACCCGUUUUCUGAGGACAAAGCAGAUAAAGGCAUCUAUGUGACCCGGAUUUCACCAGGAGGACCGGCGGACGUGGCGGGCUUAAGGAUAGGAGACAAAAUCAUGCAGGUGAACGGUUGGGACAUGACGAUGGUGACUCACGACCACGCUCGGAAAAAACUAACCAAGAAGAGCGAGCACGUGGUCCGGCUGCUGGUCACCAGGAAGUCUCUGGAGGAGGUUGUGAAGCAUUCGAUGGGCAGACCCUGAUGGAGCUGCAGGCCUGGGGGGUAGACGUGGACAAUCCCUUUAAAUCCACUGCACUGUGGCCUUUACGUUUCAUAUCAACAGUGAUUGAACCAAAUUAACAACUAUAUUUAAAAAAUGAAAUAAAAGAAAGUCAUUUUUCCACUAACAAACGAUUAAACACUAGAAUUUUCCUAAAGAAAUUCACUAUAUUCCUGUUAACGAGAUCAAAUAUUUCUGCUUUAUGAGCCAGACUGAGGUUUUAUUUCUUAAGGAUGUUAAUAGAAACCGCCCAACACUGCUGAGUUUAUAAACUCACCUUCAUACUUCCUGGUUCCAGUCACAUGCUAUUUAUCUCAUCAUUUCUCUUCCUUUAGUUAAAAAAAUACUUUUUUUGUUUGUUUGGAUGAAAGGAACAAACUCUAAAUAGUUCCUUCAUUCAGUCUUUAAAGGUACAAAACCCUAAACUGCUGGGAGGUCGGAUCAUAGAACCUUCUGGAUUUGUUAGAACUUUCUUUGAGUUUUUUUUUUUGUAUUUGAAAAAGCAGAGGAAUAUUUUCUUUUCGUAUUAUCAAAAAUCUUCUGCAUAAACCGUUUAUAAAACACAAAUUUUUCGAAAAACACUUAAAACUUUCCAGCUUAAUCAAAACUGUAAUAAUAAUGUUUUGUUUUAUUGGAUAAUUUGACUUUUUUCAGAAGUUGUUGACUCAAUUUAGAACAUUUAACCCAAAACUUCAACGCAUCAAUAAUUUACUAUAUUUUUUACGGAUAAAACUACUAAAUAAUGUGUUGUGUGUCUAACUUUGUAUGGAUAAUGUUUUUGGGGUUGAAAGGUAAACAAACUUGUUAUUUUGUGUUUGCUGUUGUCUGUGUGAGGUCCCUGAGCGGCCAUUGCUGUUAAAAAAUAAAUAAAAGACCAUCUGAAUGAUUUUAGUCUGAAAACUUGUAUAAAAUCUGAAUGUAAACAUGAAAAAAGGUUCAAGAAAAACAAUCAAAUUAUUUCUUUUUUCCUGUUCUUUUGUACUUUAUUACAUAUGGAUUUGUUUAAAUAAACAGCUGAAAAGCAACAAUU